AUCUCCGUGAGGUUUCUACUGCUGAAUGUUCCAUAGGAAGGACAAAUCAGGAGAAACUACCUGCACAAGGACAAUUCAAGACGCCGUUGCCGGUAGCGCUCAAUGAUUUCAACGUGGAAUCGAAGACACCGCAAGUCUACCGGCCGUUCCGCCAUGGCCCGAACUUCAUUACCAUGGGGAUUCGGAAAAUGGAUUGGAACGAGUGGAUUGAAAUGGACUCAUAUUUCAAAUGGUACCACGAUACAAAGGUAUCGGAGUUAGAAAACGACUUGGACGCCCAUAUCAAGUACGUUGAUAACGCGGUAACUCGAGACGCAUGCUUCGAGGUCCUUGAGGAGCUCACUCAGUACCUUUGUCAUCGUUAUCCGUCCAUAUUCCAACUAAAAGAAAAAAUUCUUCAUAAUGUAUUGACUGGAGAAAAGUUUUCGUGGCCGGCUGCGACCCCUACCGAUGCCUUAGUGACUGCUGCGAAGCUGAUACAGGAUGAUAUUGUUUUGAUGGUGGAGAAUGACGAUGGACGGUAUCAUCUAGAUGCAGGGGCUGUUUGCUUACCCGGCUUCUGGCGUCUUAAGGAGAAGUUUCGAAUGUCUCUCGACACGCUGCACCUUGAAGCGGGAGUUCCACAUUAUGAACAGAAGCUUCAGAAAGCUAUGAAUCGGUUCUUCAAAAACCUUACCCCGGAGAAGCCAGUGACGCGGAACAAUUAUUUUAUCAAGCUCGACGAUGGACUUCACUGGUCACAUCGAAUGGGAAACCAGGACGGUGAUGAAAUUGCCUCAUGGGCCACAUCUGAUAGCUCUGACCUGACUGUCGAAGAACUGCACUUCCGAUCAGAGCGUCAGACACUGAGACGACUGCCAAGGUCGAAAGCUUUACUAUUUACUGUGAGGACGUAUUUUGAGCCGAUUACAACAAUCGCUCAAGAGCCUCACGUUCCUGGUCGUCUCGCCGAGGCGAUUCGCGCAUGGGAUGACGUGGUAUCUGCCUAUAAAGGGAAAGAGAAAUGGGAACAUAUCCUACUUCCGUAUCUCGAUGAGCAACACCAACUUCAGCAGAAAAGGGGAAUCAUUGAGAUUACUGAGGAAGCACAGUACCCGUUUUAAAAGCGGAGCCUUACGAUCUAACGAGUGCCUUCUCACCCAGUAAUGUAUUACAAGUCAGAACUGAAACUAAAAUCUCUUGAACAAGGACGAGGAAAAUAUAGACAUUUCAGACGAUG